AAGCUAUGUUCGUAUCCUGGAUGUCCGAAGUGGAGUGUGCAUGGAGUCAAGUGCAUCAAACAUGGCGGUGGCAAGCGGUGUUCCCACCCAGGAUGCAACAGAUACUCACUACUCAAGAACAAGUGCACCGCCCACAGCGAAGCUCGGACGUGCAAACACCCGGGCUGCCUAUACCAAAUUGAGUCCGACGGCAAAUGCUACCUUCACGGAGGCGGUAACCGGUGCUCACUUGGC